AUGAUAAUCUCAGCAAUUAAGGCAUACAUCGACCAGAACAAUGAAGCACAAUCAAACAAGAUCAGUAAACUAAACGAACGUCUAGAGUUAUGUUUCAACCAAAUUCAACAGACUCACCAGCAGCAGGAUUCCAGUACGCAGCAAGACAAGACGUCUACACCAUUACACAACCACGAGUUCAACACACCUACGACCAAACAUUAUGAAAAACAAAACCAGGCUA